CCGGCCGGCCGGCCGAGGCGGCAGCAUGAAGAGGAGAGCGGGGGAGCGGGAGAAAGAAUUGAAGAAAAAAAAGCUUCUUGAAGAGCUUGGAGAGAAUAGACUUCCAUAUAUGACACCAGCCGAUGCUGAUUUCCAUCAGUUGUGGAAGACCAAAUAUUCCAAGCUGAUUUUCAGAAAAUCUGAUACAAUACCUGAAGAGCUCCAUCAAAUGGUACAAGAAGGCUUUCUGACCUUGCGAAAACACGAUUGUUUCUUUCAAGAUCUUGUAAGGAUCAAAGGAAAAGAUUUUGUUACCCCAGUGUCUCGUAUAUUAAUUGGAAACCCAGGAUGCACUUACAAGUACUUGAACACAAGAUUAUUUACAGUUCCUUGGCCUACUGAAGGUUAUGAUAUAAAAUAUUGCAGUCCUCGAGUACAUGAUGCUUGUAAAGCAUUAAUCGGACUUAAUGACUACUUGCAUAUUGAAGCAGUCAAGGCAUUACAAGGACAAAAUCUGUUUGAGAGCAAAGAAAUUAAAGAUAGUACUGUAAUAGGUAGGGAGCAAAAUUUUGCUACUUCUUUUAUGGAGAAAGGGUCUGUUUCGAAAGAUCAAAGCAGUUGUGUAUCAGAGGAUGACUACAUAAGUCUAAAGAACAGAACAUCUUAUAACUUGACUUUAUUAAAUUAUAUGGAUCCACUACAAAUGCUGUACUUGAAACAAGAACCUUAUUUUGGAAUGGGGAACAUGGCAGUGAGCUGGCACCAUGACGAGAAUCUGGUUGAAAGGUCAACGGUUGCUGUGUACAGUUAUAGCUGUGAAGGUUCAGCUGUGGAAGAAAGUAAUGAACAAAAACUGAAGGGAAGAGACCCAGCCGUUUGGCAUGUAGGCUUGAAGGUAGCAUGGGACAUAGAGACACCUGGAUUAGCAAUACCACUUCACCAAGGAGACUUCUACUUGAUGCUUGAUGAUCUCAAUAUGACACAUCAGCACUGUGUCCUGGCUGGUUUUUCACCUCGAUUCAGCUCAACUCACAGAGUGGCAGAUUGUUCAAGAGGAACACUGGAAUACAUAUUUGGACAAUGUGAACUGGCACUCCAGAAUUUACAGACUGAUUCUGAAUCAAUGGCUUUAUCUUUGAAAUCACUGGAAACUGCAGUUGUAAAGCAAGUAGAAGAAAUACAUAAUGAGGUUGAAUUUGAGUGGCUUAGGCAGUUUUGGUUUCAAGGCAAGCGGUAUUUGAAGUGCACUGAUUGGUGGCUUAAGCCUAUGGCUAAAUUGGAAGAAUUUUGGAGAAAAAUGGAGGUUAUGACAAGCCUCGUCCUCUCUGAAGUUGGAAAAGAGGAACAAAUUGAGGAACAAAGGAAUGAAACUCUCAGCUGCUUCUUGCUGGUUCUUACUGAGCGACAAAAGCUGCGUAAAGAAUGGACAGCAAGAGUUACCUUCAACUCGAGCAAUAAAAUCUGGGUGCUUUUUAGAGCAUUAAAUCUGGCGAGUGGAAAUUUGUCACAAUGUCUUUCAGGACCACCAGGUGUAUGUCAGAGAGUGGGAAGGUUGCUCUACAGAUGCCAGUCAGAAGCGGCAGAGAGCUUGCCAGAAGACCAGAAACCAGAAUGCCAUCCCUUCUGGACAGAUGAUGAAUGUAAUAUGCCUCUGCCAUAUGAUCUUGAAGAAGUAAUUGCUAAUCUACAAAAUCUUGUUCAGUCGGUGGAAUAACAAGUGACCUUCCAGCCUGGAAUUAUUGAUGCUCAUCAUUUGGAGAGAAGCCUUUUAGUUUAACAUAAAUCUUUUCAGCUUUAUGAUUCCUUGAUCAUGUGUUAUUUUAUGUGUCAAUGCAGAUUUUACUGGUCUUCACACAGUACCUUUGUUACUGUCUCAUUAUAAAAAAGACCAGGCCCCAAAUCUACAGAAACAGGUGGCUUUUAAGACCUGAAGUCCAGAACACCAGCCUCAUUUAUUUCCUCCUCCACUCUAAUUCCCAUUGACCCUACAGCCCAUGGAUAUCUGUGUUUCCACAAGUUCCCUUGGCAUCUAAAUUUCAGCUUCCAGGGAUGCCAAGAACUGCCUCUGGCUCGGCAGGUUUGAGCAACACAAGGCAUAGCUCACACCUCUGACAAACCAGAAUCCACGAUCUGGGCCUCCUAAUGAGAGGCCAGCUUGGGGUGAGCCUGCUGGACAUCUUUAGAAUAGAGCUGUGACUUCUUUAUCCACUAACAUAGACAGAGGUGGAGGAGAUGGCGGAGAAAGUCCUUUAUGCAAUGGCUCCUUGUUAGAGCAUUUUUUCAGAUGAGGAACUCUGAAGGAGCAUCCUGACAUAGAUCCCAAGACCUUCUUGCUGUUUUUCAUCAUGGCAAUUGAGUAGUACUGGGAGAGAUUUCCGAUGUGAAUCUACACCUCCUGGGCUCCCUGGAACUCCAAAUUCGGUUCCUAACUAUCACUUUUUUUCUGCGUGCUGUGAAUCCUAUUCUGAGGGCAGGUUUCCCAGUGUAUUGUCUAAGGAGCUGAUGGACCUAAGUAAGGGUUUCCAUUUGGGGAGUCCUGACAGAUUAGAUUUAGGUUGUGUGAUACUGGGCAUUGCAGCAUCUCUGUUGAUCUAGUGAGAUUUAUGAGAACAAAACCAGAAGACUAUGAGAAAUGAAGCUGUUUGUCACCUGUUUUGUAGUAACAUGCUAUAAAAAGAACAGUUCGAUGGUGGAUGAUACAGGGCACUCCUGAAUGAGAGAGAGAUUUUUCAUUUGGUUAAGUUGCUAUUUUAACUCGAGCUGGUGUACGCCUUUGCCUUUGCCAUAAAAAAGCAGAAGAAAAUCAUAUUAUGGCGAAACAGCACUCAGUCUGUAUUACCACUACAAAAGAAACCAGUAAGACUCAGAGCUUGACGUUGCCACCAAGAAAUUAAUAUGCCUCCUGUGUUAAUCUUCUGUUUAAAAUCACUGUUGAGGCCAGGCUUACCCAGAGCAUACCGGUAUACUGUGUUGGCAAAGUGCUCUGUGUGCGGAUGAGGCUUGUACUGCCGAAAAUUGUACUUUUGACAGUAUAACAUAUGCCAGACCUCCCUGGAGCUAAAGAAGCUGUGCCAGCAAAAAUUCAGUUUUAGUGGUAUAAAACUGUGUCCGCACCUACCAGCUUUUGCCAGGACAAUUAUAUCAAGUGGAGCUUGUACCUCUUAACAUCUUUGACAUAGCUAUGCCAGCAAAAGUAUGAAGACCUGCAUCAAGCAUUUUCACUGUAGUCCUGGACUUCUGCAAAAACUGUUAGCCACCCUGUAGAAUGUAAAGACUCUCUGAAGAAUAAAUUAUUAUUUAAAGUAGGUUUGAUUACAUUAUAUACUUGAUCCAUACAUUCAUCUGUUGUCUCUUGUGCCACAGAUUUCUUAACAUUUUGAAAUACUAUGUUAUGGGCAUAGCUUUUUCUUUCCUGCGCUAGCUAAAGCUGGCUUUACCAGUGGGCAAAUAGCAUAUAUUUGGAUUAAUGCCACACUAAAUACUGUUUACUUUGGAGAUCACUUAGAGAAGAGCUAGCUGAAGAUGUGGGAAUUCUGCUUUUGAAAAGGCAGUUCUCACAGAAACAGAUAUUACUUUGGAAAUGAGCAAGAUGAAUUCAAACAAGCUAAUGAUGUAACAGUGUUAACACAGCGUUUGAGGGGAUUGUUUGUUUGUUUAUGCUGUUACUUUAUGAUUAUUUUGUGUUUAAUUAAGCGCUGCUAGAAACCGUGGGGAUCACAGUAUUGAAAUGAAUCUGACAGCCAUAAAGGGUAGAGAAGGCACACCAAUGUUGUGGUUUGCUGCUGAAGUGGAGGCAUAGCUAUUAAAAAAUGAUUGGCAAAUAAUUAUUCCAGCAGUACUGAAAAAAAACCCACUGGGUUUUGUCUUGUAUUAGGAGACUGCUGGCAGCAAUGAUAGAAUUUUUAAAAAUACAUGAUUCCAGGUCUUGUCUAUGCUGAAGAUUUAAGCUAGUGAAUUAGCUGAACUAGUACUAGCCUCCUUGCAGUCAGAUAGCACUCAUUUAAGCCAUGGAUGGCAAUGACUUAGACAAAUGAACACCUUUGGAAUGGAUAAGACCUAAGAUUCACUGGCAAAAUACCAAUAAUUAAGUGGUUAAAGAGGAUUAAUGCUCUGUGUUGCAUUCCAGUCUCACGUCAUCUAAAGCAGUGUAACUUGAUUGAGUUCAGUUGAAAUACAGAAGUAUAAGAAGAUUUCUUAUCUCCAAAGCCCACAGGAGUUGAUAGCAAAGACAUGAGUAAGGUUGAUGGAACUGUUUGAAGCAUCUAGUAAUGCCAAAGGGUACCCCAAGAGGAGAACAUGGUUAAAGGUAAAUAUCUAUAAAAAACCUGAGAGAUCAAGCGUAAAUCAUUGCUGUGUUUGGAUUACAUACUAGAAGCAGACAACUACUUCAAAGUUUUCUUUAUUUUAUUCAAAUAGUUAUAAUUUAGCUCAUGUUGCAAUGAUACUUGAGCAAUCCAUUUAUAUUCCAGCAUUAGAUAACCCAUUUCCAUUUGGGAUGAGCUGAAAGACACAGCCUCUAAUGGAUGUUCUGUGUAUAGCAACUGUUUGCCAAGUCUGGAUGCUCUAGAGGCAGGAGGACCAAGGUCAGGUUUGUUCAGGGAAGAGGUGAGAGCAUAAGUUAGCUUCUAACAUUAGAUUUAGUGAUUCUUUUUAAAUGGUGAAGUUGACGACUUUGCUUACAUUUACUUUUCAUCAGCCAUGAAAGAAUUAAGGUAAAAUAGUUCACUUGCACGUGUGCAUCAGGCUAAAUGGAUUACAGAAGAUACAGAUCUGUUUGCCUGUCUGCACUUGCCUUUAGACAAUAUUCAUCAAUUUUACAAAAGCUACUGACUAAACAUGGAACCAAUACAAAUGAAAUGCUCGAGGCAAGGGCUUUCUUUAAAAAAUCUGAUACAGAGUUGGUUUUACACUGAUAGAAAGAAAGUGUUGGCAGAAAAUGAAAAACUUGCAUUGUUUCUGUAAUUUGGGGGAUGAAAGGUAAAGGCCGUUUUUAUGUAUUUGAUAGAAAACUGCUGUGUUAUGCAAUGUAAUUAGAAAUGUUUUUAUAAUGCUUUAUUCAUACCUCUGUAUAUGAAAAUACUUUAUCCUGUAGGUCCUUUCUUCUUUUUAAAAGGCUAUGUAAAUAAAAAAUAUUAAUCUCA